AUGGCCCUGUUCAAGAAUGUCCUGCUUAUCGGAGCAGGUGGAAACCUAGGUGUCCCUGUCCUUAAAGCAUUCCUAGCUUCCCCAUAUAAAGUCGGCAUUUUGACCCGCAAAGAGUCGACAUCAACAUUCCCUAAAUGCGUGCCUGUCUUUAAAGCCGACUAUACCGAUGUAUCCUCCAUCAAACUUGCAAUGGAAAGUCAGGAUGUGGUGAUUAGCAUGGUCGGCGGCAUCGCAGCAGGCGACCAACAGGUAUUCAUCGAUGCCGCUCUCGCCGCCGGUGUGAAAAGAUUCUUGCCCAGCGAGUUCGGUCCCUAUUCGCGGAACCCCGAAUUUGCCGCACUGAACCCUCCAUUGAUUUCUUGGUCGAGUCUUGUUACCGGUGCGUUCUUCGACUGGGCCAUGAAAGUCGGAUUCUUCGGUUUCGACCUCGCCUCAAAAACUGUGACUCUCAUCGACGGCGGCACCUCGAAAGAUAUUCUAGAUGUGGUUGAGAAGGUCGAUGGCCAGAAAUGGACGGUAAGGCAUGUUACGUCCGAGGAGGUCAUCUAUAAUGGCAAGAGAAGGCUUGCGGCGGGUGAUUUCGCCGGAAUCAUGGACUUGACUAGGGGUGGGGCAUUUGGUAAACGGGCACUGGGAGAUGAGAGUUCACAUGGCUUCUGGAACGACGAAUUAGGGCUCCCAAAAGAGGAUAUAGAACAGACUAUUAGAAAUAUGCUCUAG